AUGUCGCCUGCCUUGCAGAUAUCCAUCCCGACCACAUCAGUUUCCACGCCAAACGAAGGAAAAUCCUACACAGUCUAUCACAUCACACUUCAGCUGCCUCUACGUAAACUAGAGGUCCGCAAACGAUACUCCGACUUCCUUACCCUCCAUGACGCCCUCGCAAAAGAAACCAGUCAAGCACCCUCAGCGACACUACCUGCCAAGUCGUGGAUCUGGCGAACAGUGAAUAGUGCAAACCUGACGGAGGAGAGGCGAAAGGGGUUGGAAACAUACUUGAAGAGCAUCAUCGAGUCAGACGACGCAAGGUGGCGGAGUAGUGCUGCUUGGCGUAAUUUUCUGAACUUGCCCAGCGGAACGAGCACGAUCAAUGCAAAUGGCUCCAUAUCGGCUGCGCAACGGCCAGGACAUUCGGGCCCCAUCUCGGAUCCCAACCAGUGGCUGGACAUACAUCGUGACCUGAAGACUCAGAUUCAGACAGCGCGACAGCAGCUGACGCAACGAGAAGCCGCGACGACAGCUCAAGGACAACAUCAACUCUCAGCCGACUCCAAGGCGAGUCUGGUGCGCGCCGCUACAUUCAUAGCACAACUCGACGAUGGAUUGAAGAACAUGACGAAUGCGAGCAAAGGCGAUGCGGCAGGUUGGGGAGGGAGCAAGUCGCUAGGCGAGGGAGAGCUUCGCCGACGACGCGAUCUGGUCGUGGCCGCCAAGAAGGAAGUAGAAGGUCUCGAAGCCGUAUUGCGAAGUCUCGCGACCAAGAACGCCAAUGCGUCGACAAGCCUCAACACUGCUGCAGUCGCUACCACGGGCGACAAAGAAGCGCUGUGGAAAGGCACUUCGGCCACGCGUCCUGGUGGUCGGGUUCUGGGAGGGCCUGCGAAAGAAACCGAACGCACGCGAGAGCUGGGCAAUGCCGGCGUGUUGCAACUCCAGAAACAGAUCAUGCAAGAGCAAGACGAAGAUGUCCUAUCGCUUGGCAAAACUGUUGCGAAGCUCAAGGACAUGGGCAUCAUGAUCAACGAGGAGCUUGCGAUUCAGAACGAGAUGCUGGGCAUUAUCGAAAGCGAUGUGGAUCGGCACCAGGCCAAGCUGGAUAUUGCGAAACGUCGCAUCAACAAGAUCAGCUGA